AUGACUGCUAUUCCACACAAUCAACAACCUAUUCGUAAGUCUAAUCGCAUCAGAUCCUUAACUGCUAAAGCAUCAUCCACUAACGAUUCGUCCUUUUUAGUACCUCCUUUUCAAGUUACAACUACUACCACCAUCCCCAUGCACAACAAGAGAACUAGUGACAAUGAGCCCCAAGAACAACAACCUAAUACAAAGAGGAGGAAGAGAUCAUAUAUUGAAGAAGAAGAAGCAUUGCAUAGUAAAGACAAGAUUGACCCUGUUGAAAAGUUGCUUUCCUUGACUAAUACAAAUGAUGAUUUCUUGCUGGAUAUAGAAUCAGAAGACACCCCUACAUCACAACAACAACAACUACAACAACAUCAACAUCAACAUCACCAACAACAUCACCAACAACAUCACCAACAACAACAACAACAACAACAACAACAACAAAGUGAUCCCCACCAACAACAUCCACAUUAUGCAUAUGAACUCAGUUCAGAAGAGGAAUCAGAUGAAGAGGAGGAUGGGGAAUAUGAUGGUACAAAUGAGCCACUUGGCAUUGCCUCAGUCAAUUUUACUGAAAUAUUGAAUGAUAAUAUAAGGAGAUACUAUAGAAACAGACUACAGAAUCAAUAUAAAGAUUCAUUUGCAUUGUUAAAUAACAAGAGAGCGGAAGACCUACAGCAACAACCUCAACCUCAACCUCAAUCACAACAAGCAUCACAACCACAACAACAUACACAACAAAACAAUCUGCUUGCAUCCCCAUCUGUACCAUUUUUUAGAAGUGUCAAUUUUGGCUCCACCAAGAGGGAAUAUUCAGUGGAAGACUAUGUCAUAUAUGGAGAUGAAGACGAAGGAGAAGGAGAAGGAGAAGAAUUAGGCGGACAAUCACCAAAGAGUGUACCUACUCAAACCACAGGAGGUUCAGAUUCUCUAAACACUUCAACUACUUCAUUAACUAGUUUAAUGUCACUCACAACGGAACAGGAGGAAGCAGAUGAUGACCCUCAUUCACAAAUUGCUUCUCCUAUUUCAUCACCAUCUACUACUACAUCUUCCUUGUACACCUCGGAAAACAAGUCCAAUACCAAUACCAAUACCAAUACCAACACCAACACCAGCAACUCAACUACUACCCCAACCACAACUACAUCGUCUACAUUUAAUUGGCAAUUCAAACCAAAGAUUAAUUUCAACUACUGGAGGUUACGCAACAACCACAAUGGAUUCAGUUUCAAUGGUGGUGGUGGUGGUGGUGGUGUUGUUGAUGGUGGACAAGAUGUGUCUAGUGCAUUGAAACAACAUAGUUUGUAUACAGCUACUAGUGAGAUGGUAUCUACGGGUAAUUUCAUGAUUAAUGAUUUUUACCUUUAG